AUGCCCACGAUGGCAACAACACUUACCUCGUCAUCGAGCGCCUCCUACGCGGAUUGCGUCAGCUCGCUUCGCACUUCACUCCAGUUCCUCGAGUCCUCCGUCCAGACUCUCGAUGAAGGCGUCUCCGACUUUCCUCGCCUCAUCAACGUGCUCAAAUCCGUAAGGCACUACGAGCUUAUCCCUCAACCUACCCUCGCCGCUGCGGAAGCAUCCUUGCGUGACGAGAUCGGCCCUUACAUCGCCCUGCUCAUGUCCCGUGCCGACUCGCAGAUUGAGAGGCAAGACCGGCGCAUCGAGACUCUCAAGGCCCGCGCCGAGCUGCAGCAGGGCCGCCUCUCCCGGCCCGACGCCCCCGCACCGGCAGCCAAGGACCGGACCAAGGGCAAGAGGCUCAGCGGGGAAGACAAGCUUCGCGCGAGGGCUGUGAGGCAGAGGAAGGAGGCGCUGCGCUACGGCGUCGAGAGGCUCGAGCUCGAGGUGCUGCAGAAGGAAAGGGAACUGCGGAAACGGCUAGACGGAUGA